CACAACUCUUAAACUAAACCCUUCAAAACUUGUAAAUUUGAAAUGUGGCCCCAAAUCUCCAAAUAUUUUUGAAACUCUUCCAUGUUCCCGCCACCUCACCAUUGAAGGAGGGAAAAGAAAGUUCCUAAUAGAAGCACCAAAAUUUCAGUUUCAUUACACUUAUACUGAUAAUCUCUCAUUUUUCUUUCUUACAGUGAGUUAUAGCAACCAAAAUUCAAAGCUAGUUGGAACACACACAACUAAAGUCUUUGGUUCUUGGUGUUGUGUUUUAUUGUGUUGUGUUCUUACAACAAAUGUUACCUCUUCCUUCAAUCUCCGAUUCCAACGGGGAACAUCAUUUCUCUUCUUCUCGGAAGCAGAAUGGGAAGAAGGUUGAUGUCAGUGGCCAGAAAUCGAAACGCAACAACUCUGGUAGGAUUCGAGUUGUGGGAAACAGAAUCUAUGAUUCUGCAAAUGGGAAAACUUGUCACCAGUGCCGGCAAAAAACCAGGGAUUUUGCUGCUAUGUGUAAGAAUUUGAAAAAUGGGAAGCCUUGUCCCAUUAAGUUAUGCCACAAGUGCCUCUUGAACAGAUAUGGGGAGAAGGCUGAAGAGGUGGAGCUGCUGAGUGAUUGGACCUGUCCCAAGUGCAGAGGCAUUUGCAACUGCAGUUUUUGCAUGAAGAAACGAGGUCAACAGCCUACUGGUGCACUAAUUCACACAGCCAAGGCAUCUGGUUUCAAGUCUGUGUCAGAAAUGCUGUCCAUCAAGGGUUCUGAAGAUUUGGAAUCGGACGAGGUCAAUAAUAUUGUCGUUUCGCCUUCAAAGGGAAAAAAGGAGCGAAAAAAACGUGUUGGUAAUUCAAGUUCUGGCAAGGGUCUUAUGAGCAAAGUUGUUUCACCUAUGAAGCAAAUUACAUCAGAGAAGGAGCUUGUGGUACUUCUAUCAGGGGAACCUGGGAAGGAAAACUCUUUGGAUGGAAACAGUGAUUUAAAGCUUGACUCUCUGAAAGUUCAGACAUCACCUGAGAAAUCCAAGGAAAAAAAGCGCAAAAGAUUAAAGGAGAUAUCUAAUAGCAACAGUGUUGAUACUUACAAUGCUUGUGAAAACAAGAACCUGAAAAAGCUUAAAGUCCGCAAUGAAGUUACAGUGGAGAAAGCAAAAAGAAGUGUCAAUGAUGGCACUAAAGUUAGCAAUGAAAAGGAAACAAAUGACAAUCAUGCUAUCCUUCCAAUACAGAUGGAUGGUACUGUGGCUGGGGCUGAAAAUGAUUUUUUCUUAGAUAUUAACAAAAUGCUUGGAAAAAAUUGCAAAGACACAGUUACAAUAGAUAAUGGUUAUAAUGCUCCUUUCAAGUCCCAAGCAGCCAAUGAUUUUUUCAAUGCUAUCUCUAGAAGGCAAACACAAAUAGGUAAGAAUCAUUACGCCCUUCAUGGAGAGACAAAUGGUCCUAAUGCUGCAAAUGAUUAUUCAAUUGGUCCCGUGACUUUGGCUUCAAAUAGUAAUAACUUUGCUCUCAAACAACAACAAAAUGAUGGGAAACAAAUGAGUGGAAUAAAUUUGAAUGCCCCUCCAGUGGAUGAUGAUGAUAAUGCUGGUGUCAAGUCCCUAACAGGCAUAGCAAGGUUUCCACAAGCCAGUUUGAACUCAGAGAUAGAAAAAGUUGAAGAGGAAAUUCCUUUGCCCUCUGGGAUUGAGUUAACAGAAAUAUUGGACAUUGAGUUUCUACCCAAAGAUGUCGGAAAUGCAUUGCAGCUUUUGGACUUUUGCAGAGUGUUUGGAAAGCCCCUUGAUCUGAAAAAAGGAGAAGCUGAAGCCAUUGUAAGAGAAUUAGUACGUAAGCAAAGUUCGCGCCGAGGACAAAAUACCCUAGUGGUUCAGUUCCAAAUUAGACUGUUGACUCUGAUACUAAUUGAUUCAGGAAUUAAGUCUCCAUCCUUAACUGCUACCAAUGGAAAUAAGUCAUGGUUGAAAGCUCUCAAGGAUUUAAUCACUGAAUCUGAACUUGUGCUAAAAGAUUUUCCUUUAGAUUGGCUUGAGGAAGGCAUUAGUGGGUAUUGUGAGUUGGAUUUAUCUACAAAGCUUAGGCUGCUGAAUUUUCUGUGUGAUGAAGCUUUGAGCACAGAGAAAUUAAGGAGCUUCAUUGAGGAUCAAAAUUCAAGACAUGCUGAAGAAGUGAAGGAAGCAAAAUCCAAGGUUGCUGCAGCUAAGGAAAAGGAAAAGGGUAUUAAGCAGAAGUUGCAGAAUGAGGUGGCUAAAACUAUUAUGUCAAACGUGGCUCCCCUUUCAGUGGAGGAGCAUGAUGCUCUUCUUAGCAAAAUAAAGAGUGAAGCAGCACAAGCUCAUGCUGAGAUGCUUGAGGCAAAGGGCACAAUUCCUAAGAGGAGGCAAUGUUCUGAUGCUAUGAGAACUGAGCCUGAGUUUUGGGAUAGCAAUGGUCAGGGAUUUUGGAAAUUAAAAUGUUAUGAUGAUGAAUCUGCUGUUCUGUUGCAAGAUAUCAAGAUAGCAGAUAAAACUGGUACUGCAACUGAUGAAAAAUGGUUUGUUUAUGGUCCUGAGGAGAAGGAUGAGAUUGAUAAGUACAUUUCCUCAAGGGCUAAAAGAAAUAAAAGGCGCAAGGUUUCUAACAUGCUUUCAAAUGAAAGCAGUGAAGCAAAUGUGUAGAAUGUUUAUGGUUUUGGUGGGAAUCGUAUUCUCAAUAAAUACUUACAACUAGGGAAAAAUAGAAGUGCACAUCUCUUGGUUGGCCGUUUUUGAUUGAGAGUUGAGUGGGUUCCCUUGUUUUUUGAAUGAUGUGU